AUGACCACCAUGACCCUCAUGGCCCUGCUCAGCAUUGAGCACGGUGAUGCCCUGGAGCUGCUGGUGACAGAUGAGAGGACACUGAGGAUCUCAGCCUCAGCCUCUGCCCUCAGGAAGGGGUCUGCUCUCAGGAGUGUCCCCAUCUCACUGCCCAGCUCUGGGCACAGUGUGGGAGGUGUGGGUCCAUUUCACACGCUGCCUCCUUCUCUCCUAGGAGUCUGCAGCAAAUCCAGCCUCUCAGCCCCGCCCAGCCCUGUGGUGACCUCAGGAGGGAAUGUGAUGCUCCAGUGUUGGGCACAGCUGGUAUCUGACCAGUUUGUUCUGACUAAGGAAGGAUACAAGCUCUCCUGGACUCUGGAAUCACAUCCCAAUGAACAGUUCUGGGCCCUGUUCCCAGUAGGCCCAGUGAUUCUUGGUCCCAGGUGGUCAUUUAGAUGCUACAGCUAUGACAAGGAAUUUCCCCAUGUGUGGUCCAUACCUAGUGACCCCCUGGAGCUUCUGGUCUCAGAUAGCAAGACCUAUACCUGUCCUCUCUCUGCUCAAAAUAUUACUCAGACCCUUAAACGAGGGGCCAUCUUUUUGCAGUUGGAGUGAGGAUGAUUUGGGAAUUCCAGUCAGGAAGGGUCCUUCCUCUAAGACAACGGGGCUUCUUCAAGAAUCAUGUACUCUCAGUCCCCCAUGCUCAGGGUCCAGAGUGCUCUGGGAAUCCCAUCUCCCCACCCUCUGCUCCCAGCUCCACAGUAG